AUGCCAGUCCGCGGAACGGUACCCCAACCUAGAGCUCUUCCCGAAUAUUUCCAAUCGUUCCAGGAGCUAGAUGACUGGAGAACGAGCAAGACAGGGCCGUUCUAUUCUGCGGAGGGUGUUCGACCUUAUGUUCCGAGGAGGUUGAGGACUGAGGAUAUUACUGGGCAAGGGAGGCUACUGAUCGCGCAUGACUUCAAGGUGAAUACCAACGAACGACGUCUAUGUCCCAGCAUCGCCGUUCUGACUGGCCCAGGGAGCUUCGCACACCACCGGAUAACCAUUCCUCCACCAGAAUGGAUUGCCUCGGCACAUAGACAGGGAGUCCCAAUACUAGGAACACUAGGACUUCAUGUACUCAAAUGGAACUACGGCAGGAUGUUCGAAGGAGAAGCCCAGGAAGACUGCUUUCGCAUGGUAAUAGGAACGCAACCCCGCAACGCCACAGUGGACGACGCACCAUGGUCGAGGGCCAAUUACACCGUCCCAGUCUCCCCGCACUACGCGGAAAUCCUCGCAGACAUUGCCAAAGAACGCGGAUUCGACGGUUGGCUAAUUAACAUAGAAAUGGAUUUGAAGGGAGGGUCUUCGCAAGCUCGUGGAAUAGCCGCUUGGGUAUCUCUAUUUCAGCAAGAGGUUUUGAAGAAGGUCGGGAGCCAUGGCUUAGUGCUUUGGUACGACAGUGUCACGUUCAGAGGCCAUCUUUCCUGGCAAGAGCGACUAUCCUCUCGCAACCUGCCCUUCUUCCUCAGCUCGAGUGGGUUGUUCACCAACUACGCGUGGUACAACCAUUUCCCCCAGCGCCAGAUUGACUACUUCAAUAGCCUCGACCCGAAACUCCUCAAGGGUAAAUCCCUCCAAGACAUUUACGCAGGUAUCGACAUGUGGGGACGAGGCUCGCACGGCGGCGGCGGAUUCGGAAUGUACAAAGCCCUCGAGCACGCCGACCCUCAAAAGCUCGGACUCAGCAUCGCACUCUUAGCUCCAGGCUGGACAUGGGAAUCCGAAAACGAAAACCCGGGCUGGACAUGGGAGCGUUUCUGGGAACAAGACACGAAUUUAUGGGUCGGACCGUCCUCGAGUAAAGUGGCUAUCGAAGUCCCGCCAACCGAGUUCAAGGUUGUCGAACCGAUGUGUGAGCAUGGGCCGUUUAAACCUGUGUCCAAAUUCUUCCCGACUCUCCCCCCUCCGGAUCCCCUGGAUUUGGCAUUUUAUACGUCAUUUUCGCCGGGCGUUGGGCAUCAGUGGUUUGUAGAGGGGAAGGAAGUCUUUUAUUCAGGGUCUGGGUGGACGGAUAUCGAGAAGCAAACAAGUACGGGGGAUUUGGUGUGGCCGAAGCCUACAGUGUAUAACUUGGUGGGAGGAGGGCUGAGCGACGCGGAUGCAAGCUCAGCGCUUUAUUUCGAAGACGCUUGGAAUGGCGGGAACUCGUUGCAGAUUAAUGUUACCCGCACUAGGGGCUCGACGGGGUAUGCAGGGUAUUGGGUACCCAUUCAGUCGCUUAGCCUGUCGACGGGGAACCGCUAUGAAGCCUCGGUGGUCUACAAAGUAGGAGAAGGGGCAACUGGGGAUGUGGAUGCGAAGCUGGAUUUGGGAGUGAGAGGUGGUGGUACUAGGAGAAACGCAGGAUUCAAGCUCUUGGAGGAGGAUACGACUGCUUUGGCUUCUGGAUGGGCGAAGGCUCGGAUUGUCUUCGAGCCAUCUGCUGCUGAAGGCGAGGAAAGCAUCGUGCCAGCGUCCAUCGGCUUCAUCGUAUCCGUGUCCAGCGACUCCACGAAGUCCAGCCCAAGCAACAACUCAUUCCUUCUCCCCUUCCUCGUCGGCCAGAUUGCUGUACAUCCACACCUCCCAGCCGACUACCAUUCCUUCGAAGCAUCGCUUUACUCGCUCAGCUUUAAACGCAACGCGACCUCUCGCAGUCCACUGGAUGGCAUGUUAUCUUGGGAUAUCGUCGCAGCGCUCCCCGAACCUCCCGAACCAGACGAGUCUCCAGAUCGAGAUGACCCUAACCUUUUCUGGGAAGUUCAACCCACCGAGAGGAAUUGGUUCCCCAAACCAAGAACGGAUGGAUAA